GGCCCACGCCGCCUGCGGGUGAAGAGAGCGCCGCCGCUGCGGCCCAGCCUCCAUCUUCCGCUUGUCAGGAGCGUGCCUCCGCAGUGCGGGGCGCGCGGCUCUCCGGCUGCUGAUGGCCGCCUUGUUUUAGCCGUUGUACGAAGCAGCUCGGAGGGCUGGGAGCGUGUCACGAGUGCCACGCCCGAGUAUCGGGAGCAUUUCAGUGUUUUGCUCACUGUUUUACCAUUUUUUCCUCUUCUGUUUUUAAAAGAUAUCUCAGGUAAAGAUGAGACACCGAACUUGCUGUCAGAGGCUCUUGACUGCUGGUUACUAACUUGCCAGUAGCAGCAGCAGGUGGCAGUGGGUGAGGGCGGCACGUCGUCUUUCACCUCUGUAUUGCCACUUCCAGCUCAGAGGAGCGGAGCAGUUGCUCUUCAUCGGGGGUGCAUUUGGUAACCAGUGCAAUCUGAUCAUCUCAGACCGUUUCUCUGCAGCCAGAUCCCUUCUUAAAUCCUCAGCAGACCUUUCUUGGGCUCUUGAAAGGGAAAAGCCAAAACCUAAAUUAGCGUUAAGCUAACGUUUUGUUGAGAGACUUUUUCAGCUCUUUGCUGAGGUGCUUCAGCAGGGCGUUUGUAUGGAAGCGUACAAAUGGCAGGUCACAUGCCUUCAGGUUUUGGCUGUCAGCUUGCCUUUACAAAGUUUAUGAAAAUCAUCCGGGAGUUUUACAGGAAGUUGUCACCUGUGUUUGUGCUGCACAGCAGCAGAUACCAUUGAGUUUUUUGGAAUGGAUGUAUACAGAUUAUGUGUGUUGUUACAGAGAAUGUCAGAGGGAUGUGGUGGGUUUUGUGUCUGUUGUAUUUAAAUUUAUCUGCUUGGGAUGAUCCUGUCUGUUUGCUUGGUAAAUUGAAGGAGGCUUUUAAGGGAAAAACAAACAGAAGAUGAAACCAUAAUAAAGGUGCAGUGGUGUCAGAGAUGGUGUCAAGAGUCCUUACGUAAAUAUUGGUGGAGUUAUUAAUUGGAAAGGUCUACCUGCCUGACUUAAGGCAGUUAGCAGCAUUUAUGCUCUUGGGGCCCAAGCGUGGAUGAGGGUGCUUACGUGUCACAGCCACAAUGAGGAGAGGCUGAUCACAUCUUACAGAUUUGAAAUGCAGCUGUAUUUAUUUAUUUACUGUGAUAAACAUGAGGUGGCAAUGCAGACCCCAGCCUAAGGUGGCACGUCCCUAGGGCCAUGUGGUUUUAUCCAGAAGGGCAGCGCAAGUAGAUCAUAGAGGAGCAUAUGCAGGGGACUGCGAGAGACAAUAUCCCAUUUGACAUUCUUUGUACAGAAAACAACGUGGGGUCUUUUAUGGUAAGAAUAAUUAAGCAGAAUCAAAAUUACAAAGGGGUUUUUGACAGCUGUUCUAACCUGAAGGUUAGGUUUUGUGUUAUCAGUGUGUUGUGCCAGUGGCUAGUACCACCUUUCAGGGACCAGACACCUCACCACAGGCGUAUGGAGCAAGAGUGCCAACGCCACAGCGCUUGUCCGAUGUCCUGGCUGCUGCCAGGGUCUGGCAUGCUGGUGCCUAGGUCAGGAGUUGUCUCUGAAAAACUCUCGGUGAACGCACUCUGCUGUUAAAUUAGGAAGAGCUUUGGGACGGGUGGCUGUGUCGCCCUUGACAUUUUUUCUGCAGGAGUGUAGAAGACAGUCUGGCAUGUUACGAUCACAUACGAUCAGAUUUUUGAUGAGCCUUGUUACUCCCAAGAGCAGAGUAUAUUUCAACAGCCUUAAAAUGCCAGCACUUAGUAUAAUGGCUGGGGCAUUCUGCAGCUAUUGCCAAAAACCUAAUUGCCCAUUUGGAAGGAAGAACAGAGAUGUGUCAUUUUAUGAAGGGUUGCAACGGGGGAGAUUUUUACCUGCAGGUGAAAAAUGAUGAGUGUGUUGCUUUGUUACUGUCAUCUGCUGCUUGCGCAUUUAUCAUCACUGUUUUUAUGUAUUUUAUCCUCUGUUUGAGGAGCUGCUGGCUACAAAUAGCCAGUAAUCUCUUGGUUUUCUCUGAUAUCUCUUAAUUAUACGUGUACUUCCUUUCCUUCUGUGUGUGCGGUCAGGUGCAGGCUGUGUAUGUUAGCAUGGCAUGCAUAUGCUGUAUGCCAGAGGCCUUUUGUACUUUGACUAAGAGAAAAAAGCAGUUGUGUAUGAUGUGUCAUGGGCUUAUAGUAAUUAUAAGUCAAUAACGUGAAUCAUGUUUUCUUCUCAACUGUCAAAAAACAGUUCCUGGGUUUCCUGUCUGUCUCUUUGACAAGUUUACAUUUCCUCUCAGUAAGGAAAAUACCAACCUUUUUUUAAGCAAACUUUAGGUCAGCUUCAGUGACGUCGUAUCCAGUCUUAGCUGUAUUUGCUGCCUCUCUUCAGUGAGGCUGAGCUCAGUACACUGCCAACCCUCCAGCUACAUCGAAGCCUGCAGACUCCUCCACUGCAGCUGCGUGCUUGAGCAAACCUGCAGCUGGGUCCAAAGCCUGUGGACAGGAUUGAGCCCAGUUAGAUUAAUGUUCUGGUGGAAGAGAACGUGUAAGUGCCGUAACAUCACAUUACAAAUUCAGAGUUAGAUGCAAUCCUUGUGCAGUCUGAGGGCAUUAAAAUGCCUGGCAAUGCCAUGCCUAUGCUGUAAGCUGUGGUUAAUUGACCUGGUCUCCUGAUUUUGCUGCUCUGAACUUUCUAGGCAAGUACCGGCUAAUGGCAUGACUGUCCUCUUAAUGCUGGGGUGACUUCUGCUUAAAACCAAAAUAUUAGCAAGAAGAUUUUAAAUUUUCCUUGCAAGAAUUGUCAUUUCUUUGAGGCAGGAGAUAAAAGGUGGAUAGGCAAAAUAUCCCAAACAGCUGCUCCCUAAAUUCUUGAGACCUUGACAGCACAUCAGUAGGUUGCUGCCGUUGCGAGGUUACCUGGUUUGGGGUUUCUGUUACUUGAAAAUGUAAAUAAUGGGCAUGUUCAAUACUAUGUUCAAUGCUGCUUGUGAACAGUGAUUAUAAAACCUCGUAGCACGGACAUGUUUGUACACCCAUAACUGGGCUGUGACUGGCAGGGCAUGGGAGCAGGUCCGUGUCAUAACAAAGCUGCCAGAGCUGCUGGGGCAAGCUGAGCAUCGUGUGGUGGCUUCAAAUGCACACGUGUGCUUUCCAGAUAUCCUUAUCGCUCCAAAGCAGGAUGCCAUGUUCCAGCCGCUAGGAUUGGUGGGGCUUUUUUUGUUUGUUUUCUUUAAAUUUAGUAGCUGGAGCACAGUUUUGCACUGGUGGGUGGUGUUGGUGGGAAGUUUCACUUCUCUGGUCUACCAGAAGCCUGAAGGCAGUUCCUUGUGUGCUUUGGGCAGAGAUUUCUCAGAGUUAGAGGUGAGAUGAAACAUUUCGGAAGAAGGAAGUGACAUACUGGAAAUUACUUCUGCUCUGCUUUUAAUGAGCUAGUGUUGAGCUUGAUAACCUCUCUUCAGGAAAUUUUGAACCUUGCACUACAUCCUAAAUACUGAACUGAAGUCAUUUGGAGGAGGUGAAGGUGCAGGCAGGUGAAAUGUUUCUGUGGGGACGGGGAGGAAGCAGACUGCUUCAUGGGUGCUUCUUAAAAAUGGAGCAUCCCAUAGGAUGGGAGAAGUGUCUUGCAGAUGCCUGAGCCAGGUGUAAGACCUGUCCUUGGUAGGCACAGUUUAGCAGUAGCCAGAGGGGCCAAGAGCAUUGUCUCAUUCUCUUCUCCUGCCUUUUGGCUUAGAUGGGAAGAAGACAUAGCCACCCCUGAAAUCUCAGAGAGGCUUAUGCCCCAUAAUACAGUGCACCAGCGCGCAGGUUUCAGGUGGCAGCAAAAAGCCCUUGUUUGCAGAAGGUACAGAGUCGUUGGUGACACUGAGAGUCACUACAAAUCAUGUAGCUGAGGCAGAAGGAGGAGGAAGCUGCAGGGGUUGUGGCACUUCAUUCCUCAAGAAGUAUUUGGAUGAACAGGCACAACUUCACAGUCUCCUGGUCCUUGCCUCAGCCUUUUGUGCAUGCCAGUGAGUUGAUUUGAAGAGGAGAAGUUUGAUCUCAGCCCUGAAUCAGAUAACAUGGAGCUUCUUGCAACAAAAAGGACUUGCACAGCAAAUCAGUCGUAUUGUCAUCGGCUGCAGCACGACGUGUAUUUUCUUACAAGCAACAGCCGACUGAAUGAGCAAGUGGUUGAUAAAAUUAUUCUUCAGCUUAACAGAGUCUACCCCCAAAUUCUUAGCAAUGCAGAAGCAGAAAAGUUCAGGAAUCCAAAAGCAUCACUCCAUACCAGACUUUCAGAUCUGAUAAAGCACCUUCAAAAGAAAGGAGACAGACACUGUCAAGAGUUUUACAGGGCUCUGCAGAUCAAUGCUGAGGAGCUGUAUAAUGACCUGCCAAGCAGGAAAAUCUUGAAAACCACAGAUUCCACAGAGAUAGACACUGACAAGGAGAAAUAUAUGCUAAAUGACAGGGGUCCAGUGUUUUUCCUCGCUUGUUUUAGCGUUGCUGCAGGAUUUGCAUUAUUUUGGUAUUGCUGUAACUCAGAUACCAAAGUCGUAGGAAGAGCCAGGAGAAUCUUGGGCUUUUCUCCUAUUAUCAUAGGAAGACACGUUAGAAAUAUUUGUAUGUUGUAUUUGGAAGACAUAUCAAGAAAUUAAGGAAAAGCUGCCUCUUCACUUGUCUGUACAGUAUACCUGCCAAGGGAAGACAACAGUGCAUGAAUAUUAAUGUACUAUACUGUCAUACCAAAGAUUUUUAUUAACUAGCUUCAUCAAUAAUUGUAUUGCCUCAAGAUGUAUUCAGAAUUUCAGCUAUAUAUGUCCUUCCUUAUGGGAAUGGACCAUUUAUUUUUGUAAAUGCUUAUUUUAGAAUAUUUAUCAUUUGGAUAAAAAAUAUUUUUAAUACAAACUUUAAAAUGAUAUCCUAAGUGAUCAUGGGUCUUAAGCCAUGUUUGCAUAUGUGUUUUAUACUGGAAUGAAGGAUCACAACUGUUUUAAGGAAUGCUAGCCUGUCUUUUGUGAUAAUUAAUUUAAGAAAAGCACUUAAAAAACACAUGUACUCAAAGCCUUACUAAGAAAAGGAUCUCCAUCUCAGGAUUGUCUGUUUUGUCUAGAGCCUUUAUACUUACUGCCUGAGCUCAGGUGGGCACUAGCACCUACGAAGUUUAUCAGUGCCAGUUACCUUUGUGUAUGCCAAGUACUUGCUGUGUUUUCUAAUUCUCCUCUUUGUGCCUCAUCCCAGCCUGCCUUGUUCAUGUUCACACUCAGCUGUUGGGCAUGGUUGGAAUGCUUUGGAGCUGGUGCAGACUGGUUCUCUCAGCCCGCCGAGGGUCCCAGGAACUAGAAUGUCUGAUCUGAAGCACUUCAAACUACCGAGAUUUUUCAGAUUUAUUCAGCUUUUCCUUUUCCAGUGAAGUGUUUUGCCUUCUGUAUAUCUAAGAAACUGAAGUAAUCCAAGAUACUUUGCAGGGACUUAAGUGCCAUGACAUGGGGCUUUUUUAUGGCCAAGAAUAUGUAUACUUACUUGAAGAGCCUGAGGUUGUUCUUAAUGUCAUUUGAUGAUGUUAUGUUUUUCUUCUGUGAGUUGAAACCUGAAAAACUUGCAGAAACCAUUGUAAGACUAAAAUUCUUGAGGGAGAUGCAGGGAGUCAGGGCUGAAAGUGAAGCAGCUUGGGCUUUCUUAGCUUGCUCCUGCCUAGCUCAAUACAAAUGGCUUUCCUCUUCCAGGUGGAGGUGCAGCAGUUCUGAGAAAUGACAUUUUGAGUGGAUAGUUCUUCAAUUACCCGCUCAAGAGUGUAAGGAGCUUGGGUAGACCAUGUCCCUCUACUUGGUGAGAAAGAUACCUUGUGGCUCUUCAUUCACUGACUGAAUGAAGAGAUUUCCAGAUCAAAUCAAAUGUCACCUGAAUAAAAGUUGCAGCUACAUCACAAGUUACCAUGCACCGGAGGAUCCCAUGUGAAAUUUUCAGUCAUUUGGAGUGGUUUUCUUGAAACAGACUGAAAAUUGUCUUCCAGCUUUAAACUUUAUUCAUGCUAUAAAGAUGUCAUCAUCUUCUCCAAAGCAAAUCGUCUUGUAAUAACUGUAUUUCCUUCCAGGACAACACUCAACCUGAUACAGUAGCAAACAUAUAGUGUAGAGGAGGAAUUGGGUACAGGGCUAAAUUUUAAAAUAAAAGACCCAAAGAGUAUUUGUGGGAAAUGUCUUGAGAGAUGAAAAAGGGCUCAGAGGACCCUGAUUUUACUCUUCUGAUAAAGUGUUUUUACCUACGGCAUUGCAGUGUGGUUGGGACAUGAGCCAACCCUGUGUAGAGGUAGCCACAGUCUUCAUUAGGUCAAAUCUCAAGAACAGAUGGUGCAUCUUCGUGGCCAUCGCUGGUGUGAGCGCAGGUCAUCUUGAAACAUCCAAGUGAAAUCGGACAGGCUGCAGGCGUAACGCUACAGCCACACUGUAAGUCAGCACAAGCUAUUUGGUUUAAGCGCUUAUUCUGACUCUGCUGAGCUCCAGGUUGCUGGGUUUACACUGUGAACGGUGCCUCCACCAGCCACGUUAAAGCUGGCUUGGUUAUUUUUACACAGCUGCAGCGGCUCCUUUGACUGCGCAGCUGGCGUUUCCCUAACAGCUCCCCUGGUGUAACUGUGCAGCACUGAACAGAAGAGUUUUCUGCAUAGACAGGCAGACGUACCCCAAGAUCAGCAGUGGGCCGAGGGAUAUUAUAAACACUUAAUAGCCUGAUUGCUGCAGUGUAAAACGUGGAAUGAGAAAAAUGCCAUGCGAACAAAAUAACACCCAGCAGGGCAGUUUAUUUAGACUUCUUUUCCCCUGCCUCUACCCCACCAGCUCUUGCAUCUCUUCGAUCUAAUCUCCAUGGGGACUCUUAUUAGGGAGAAAAUGGUGACGGAGCUGAGCGCAUUUCCUACAGAACUGGCUAACUGCGAGGCUCUGCUGCCCUUGUUACACAACAAUCUGCUGUUACGCUGCCUUCCAUCUUGGGAAGUGCUUUAAUUAUAUUCUGUUUUCUCUCUGCCUUGCCUUGUGUUUAAGGUGACAACAGGUUGGGUUUUUUUCUCCAGCAAACCAGCUGUAAUUUACAACAUUUAAAAUGAAGUGUUCCUUUCCCCACUGCUGCUUACUUCCUAUAGCAGCCCCAUUUUAAGGGACUGGAAAACAUGCCUCUGAAAUCUAAAGGGGUUUUAAAUCUUUGCCUUGAAGCCAACUUUGAAACCUCAUUAGAGGAACGGUAUUCUAUUUUACACAAAAACCCAUUAUCCAAAGUAAUCGCAACAGUCACAUGUCAUUUUAAAGCAGAAACGGAGGCCUUACUGCUGCUAGGCAGAUUCUUUCUGUUUAGAUUAUCCACCAUGUUACCUUUGAAUAACAGGCUGCAAAUUGUUCUGAACUGUUACUGAAACCUACAGAAAUUACCGGUGCCUUAUUUAAUCUGAAGGUGCGAAUCUGCUAUACUUACUGGUUCAAGGAUGCCUUGCAGUGCCAGGAGGCCUCUCGGGUCAAUCAGGCUGCUCCAGGAGCAUGCUGGGUGUGCAGUAGGACAUGGUCCUCUCAGUUCCUUAAACUGAGUGGCUUUCUUGAGCCUUGAAAACCAUACAGAAUAGGAAAGUUUACUAAAGGCUAUGGCUAUAUUUCUUCCCUUUCUGAGGUUGCUUGAGAUGAGGAUGCCUCUCAGGGGAAAAAAAAGAAAAAUCCAGGAUGAGCUAUCCCCAGGGUUAGGGCUGGGAGGAGAGAGGAAAAAUGAGUCUUGGUUCGCCCCGGUGUUGUUCGUUAAAGGACCUGACAGCAAAGAAUAGAAAAUAAUCUGUUCCUUCAUUAGUGCUAGUUAUUAAUUUAAAAAGUAACAGUGAGGCUAGCUAUAAAAUUGGCAUGUGCAUAGGUUCGGAGACAUUCUUUUUCUUGGAAGAGUUUUGUUUCAGGCGCAAAUACUGAGGUUUACUACACUACUCUGCAAGCAGAUGAAGUGAUAAUUCCAUCGUCAGUUCCUGGAGGACGCCCGUAUGUACCUGCAUGGGAGUCGGGUCCUUCUAGUCCUUCUAGGCAAGCAGUGUUAUUUACUUGGAAAUAAAUGAGGCAGGGUCUUGGAUGAGCCUGUCUAGAUGCAGAAUUCCAACUUCCCUGUCAAGUCAAGAAUAGCUUGGCAUUUGCUGCUGAAACUGUACUGGUAUUUAGGAAUGUGCUUUACUUUAUGUGCAGGGAAGUUGUCCUGGCUGUGUAAAAUUCAGUCGGUGGUUACAUGUGCAGGGGUUAGAGGCUAUUCUUGUGAAUGCCAUGGUUCUUGUGCUGCAGGCAGUAAAUGUAUGGGAGCUAAUAAAAAGCAGGCGUGUUUUCAACAUCCCCUCUCUCACCUUGUGCAACUCUCAAUGAAGAAGUAAAAUAUUUGCCUUUCCCUGCAGCAUAAGGCACAUUGUGUCUGUAGCGGCAUUAUGGGCUAAGGAGCCAAACAGCUGUUGGGUGGGUGAUGCUGAUUUGGAGGGCUGAACGUGGUUCUCGGGAAAGAGAGGAGCAAGGAGAAGCUGUGGUCUCUGGAGGGUGGGAGUGUGCAGGUUAUCAAGCAGUUGGCUCCCCUGCCAGCUUAGACUGUGCUCUGCAGCGAGUGCCUCGCGCGCGGACUUGCUGCAGCUCCCACCGGGGACCAUCCCUCUUCGCUGCUGUGCGACUUGGGCAUGAAUCCCGAGGGGAGGGACGGGGGGAUGAGCUCCGCGCUAUUCAGCCUGGAGGCCUCCUGAUACCUAGCCAAAAAUAAUCUUCCUUCCCUGUUUUUUUUUUAUGGAUGGGCUUUUUGAUUUAAAGUGAAGCUGAACUGCCUCUGAUUGGCUCGGUGGUAAUGUUGGGGCUAUCUAGAUUCAAGGACAGGAGUUAGCCGGUGUGGUAGCCCCCUAAGCAGAGCGUGCAGGCGACUGGCCCGAGCCACGUAAAUAGUUCAGGCAGAGUGACGGGGCCGCCUGCAUGGCAUGCAGAGAGCGCUGCAAGCAAAGUGACAGAUCAUACAAUGAAUUUGCACAAUUCCAUUUAAAGACAGACUGCUAUUUAAAGUACUUCAGUGAAUAUGAUGUGCCUGCAAGCCAGAGCUGGAAUAAAGUGAUGAUUCAUUCUGGGACAUACUGGGCUACUUCAUAGCUGCUGGCUGGAGUUUUCAAAGCUGCCAAGGCAAAGUUACUCUGUUUCUUUCACUUGUGAUUUUUUUUUCUCAUACUGUAAUAAAUUGGAAACAUAUUUGGUCAAAAUGUGCAGUUGUGGAUGCUUUUCACUGUUGUUGUGUAUGCAGAAAUGUUGUUCCAGAGAGAUGCCAUGCCAUGGCUGUGUAAUCAGCGUUGCUGUUGCACUAACAAAUACAAACAGUUUGCUGUACUUCACAGGUCCUGUUUUGUAAUCAUUUCUCCUAAUGUACAUCUUCUUGAAUUCUGUAGAAAUUAAUGGAAAUUUUUUUUUUAAUGGGGUGAAGCUGGCAAUUAAAUUGAAAUA